GGCGCCUUUUUUCAUUUCUUAUGGAAUGGCGUAUUUUUCUCUUUUGAAAGACGACAACUGUUGAGAGAAGAUCACAUGUCUUCUUCUUCUUCUUUGGGAAUAUGCUCUUCUAGGUAUUCUGGUAAACAGGCCUUGACUUAUUUGAAGGACGCUUAUUUAAUUGACUGGUUUACUCUUGGAGUAUUUGGAGUUAUUUUCCCUUUCAUAUUGAAGACCAGUGUUCAUCCUUAUCGUAGACAAGUUGCUUUGGAUGAUCCGCAGUUUUCGCAUCCCUUUCUUAAGGAUAUUGUCAGUACCCAAGUAUGUACUUUGAGUUCUUUGUUGAUUCCCUGUCUAGUUGGCGUCAUAGUGGAGUGGAGAUGGGUAAGAAGAACGAAGCGUUGGAUUCCCGCCAUUUUCAACUUGCAUAUUUUUAUAUUGGGACUAUUGGAAGCAACACUUUGUACGGUAACUAUCACGGAGAUUCUAAAGUUAGUGGCUGGUCGUCCACGUCCUUAUUUUUUAAGUGUUUGUGAACCUAUCAAUGGCUCUACGAUAAACUGUCAAGGGAAUGCAGCACAAAUAGAGGAAGCUCGCAAGUCAUUUCCUAGUGGCCAUACUUCACUGGCUUUUGCAGCAGCUGUUUAUUUGACUUUGUACUUUAUAAAAAUAUUUUGGUUGAGUGAAGGGUUUUAUCGUAAUUGGCAUUUGUGGUUGUUACUAGUUCCUUUAUUACUUGCUAGUUUUGUAGGAGUUUCACGAACGAUGGAUUAUCAUCACCACUUUAGUGAUAUCGUUGCUGGUGCGUGGUUGGGAACGGUGUGAAUGGAAUCAUCAUAGACGAGAAAGUAAUC